AUGGGGUCAGCGGCAGCAGAGGCCCGGCGCACGGUUCCUGGCCCAGGGAGGCCGCACGCAGCCUGCCCCCAGCAGUGUGCUUUCUUGAGGAGAGAACAUCGGCUCCUCCUCUCCCUCUCCCCCCAAGAAAGCCAACGUAACGACCUACCUAGCCCUUCUUCCAGGUCUCCCCAAGCCAGGGUUGCCCUCACAAUAGCGCAGCCUUCAUCCUGCCGAGCAAGAGCAGGCCUGGCCUGGCCGCCUUGGCUCGGCUCCCGCUCCUUCCCCGCCUCGCCUGGCCUCGCCUCUCUCCCCCGAACGCCGCAGCUGCUGCAAGCAAAGGCUUCUGGCCCUUUCAGCCACCCCUCUCCCCCUUGCCGCCACCCGGCCUCUGCACUAGGCCCGACUGCACUGGGUGACAAGGGGACCCCCACCCCUAUUUCCUGCGGGGAGGACGACGACGACGAGGAGGUGCUUUGCAGGCGUCUUUGCAACCUGAACGGUUGCGGCACCUCCCUGCAAGUGCUGCCCAACGAAAGGGCCUUCAAGGGCCGGCUGGGGAAGAAGGCCUUUCUCCCUCUCCCUCUCCCUCGCUGCUCGCUUGCCCGGAGCCACACGCAGCACAUGGCGCCGCGGCUUGCUCCCUUGCCCUCCCAGCCCGGCCCCUUCCCUUCGCCCUCCCCACGAAGGCGCUCCAAACACAGUCACUCCCUACCAAGGGCUCCCCCAGCGAGGCCAGGCCUAGUCGGGCUCCUCAGCCAUCGCUGCAAAGAGCAAGGAGCAGGAGCGAGCCAAGAUGGUGGCUGUGGGGCUCGCCCACCCGCGGACACCCACCCGCUCGCCCCCGUGACCACCAGCCCAAGGGGGCCCUCCGACUGUGUCACGGUGGUGGAUAUGGAGGCGUGCGUGGCUGGGUGGGAGGGCGGCCACGCGGUGGGAGCCCCCACCCCGCACACGCAGGACGGGGAAGGCUUCUUCUCUGCGGCUGCUGGCCUGGGGAGGACGCAGGCCGCCCCUCUCUUCCCGCCCAAACGGGGGGGGGGGCACCAGUGGAAGUAUCUUGAUGCUUGGGGAGCGGUUUUGGAGAAACAGCCUGGGUGGUUGAAGCAAUGCAAGUGCAUGAAUGUUGGUGCCAUAGUGGAUGAAAGGAACAAAGGCACCGGCACGAUUAGUGUCCAGCGGGUAUUUGGAGCACCAAGGGAAAAGAAACUGGAAGGGAGAGUUAACCCCUAUCCGGACUCGGGAAAUCCAGCUGAUGAGCCGCAGCCGGUUCCCCCAUACACCCCCGCCUUCUAUCCCCCGUUGCCGCCUCAACUUGGUCUAGGUGCGAUUGGAGGAGCUGGCCCCGCUACGGCCCCACCUUUGCAGGGGCCUGAGGUGGAUUCCAGUCUUGAACCGUACCUACCCCCAAAGGAGGAAUUUGAACAAAUGUCCCUAGAGGAACAAAAUCGGAGGCUUACUAGGGCAAUGAAAAAAGCAAAGGAGGCAAGGAAGCAAGAGGCUGGGCAGGAGGAGGGGCUGCGGGAAGCCGAGGCACUGUGCCCUGUUAGGGAGGUGCCUCAGCUUGUUCCUGUAGCACCGGAUGAAGAUGGAACACCAAAGUUUGAGACUCGGGUGGUGUAUCAGCAUGUGCCAUUCACUAGCUCGGAUCUUCUGAACUGGAAGGCAUCUCGACCUUCCUGGACAGAGGACCCGAGGGGAAUGGCAAGUCUAGUGGAAGGCAUUGUUCAGACCCAUAAUCCCAGUUGGGUAGAUUUGAAACAAUUAAUAGAAAUGUUGCUAACAGCUGAGGAGCGUGUGUUGAUGACACAAGUAGGGAAGCAGGAAGCUUUGAAAGAGCAUGCAAGCACACACAGUCAGCAAGCAGCAGAUGUAUACCAGGAAGCGGUAUUCCCAGUAGGGCGAGAUCCCCGCUGGGACCCUAAUGUGCCGGAAAACAAGGAUUCUUUGAAGUUGUACCAGCAGUUGAUUGUUCGUGCCUUGAGAAAGGGAUCCCCACGGAUCCCUAACGUAAGGAAAAUUUAUGAGAUGGAACAGGAGAAAGAUGAGAGCCCAGCAGCGUUUUUGGAAAGGUUGAGGGAGGCUUUUAUGAAGUACUCUCCGUAUGAUAUGGAAGAUCAGGAUGAUAAGGCUGAAGGGAAAGUGGUGUUGAAGAGUGCCUUCAUCAGUCAGUGUGCACCAGACAUUCGGAGAAAGCUUCAGAAGAGCCCUGGGCUGGUACACAUGACUUUAGAAAGGGUGAUGGAGGUGGCUAGCCAGACCUACAUGUCCCGUGAGGCUGUGCUGGCCAAGCAGGAGGAGGCAAAGGUGUGUCGGAGAGCAAAACAUGGGAUGGUUCGGAUUGGUCCGGGGGAGCCUUUGGUCUGUAUGGAAGUUGGAAACCAAUCUGUUGAGUUUAUGCUUGAUUCCGGGGCCUCAAAGUCAGUGGUGAACACGGUUGUGUCUCACCCUACUAGUGAAAAUGUAAAUAUCGUAGGAGCCACGGGGAGGCGAAGAGCCUGCCCCCUAUUGGCAGAAAGGGAGUGUUCAUUGGGAGGGCACCGGGUUUGGCAUAAGUUCAUCUAUAUGCCAGAAUGCCCAGUGCCUCUCCUGGGGAGAGACGUUUUGUGUAAAAUGAGAGCAGCAUUGCUUUUUGAGAAGGACGGAUCUCUAUUGGCAGGAUUUAGAGAAGGACAGAAUGGGCAGGAAUUGGAUAGGCGUUUGCAAAUGGCUUUGGAACUACCAGUGGAGGAGGAAUGGAGAUUGUACACGGUAAUAGAGGAAAGAACCGAUUGGGAGGCUUUUGGUGUCCCAAAGGUAUGGGCUGAAGAUAACCCUCCAGGAUUGGCAAAGGAUGUUCCACCAGUGGUGAUUGAGUUAAAGCCCUUUGCCAAUCCGGCUGUAGUCCAUCAGUAUCGUCUCCCUCGGGCGGCGGUGGUUGGAAUUGCAGCCUAUUUGGAGAAGUUGGAAAAAUAUGGUAUUCUGGUUCCUUGCCAGUCGCCAUGGAACACACCCCUCUUGCCAAUCCAGAAGCCGGAUGGAACUUACCGGCCUGUACAAGACUUACGGGCAGUUAAUAAGUUGGUGAUUCCUCUUCACCCGGUGGUCCCAAAUCCCUACACCCUGCUGAGCCUGAUUCCACCUCACCAUCAGUGGUUCACGGUCCUGGAUCUUAAGGAUGCGUUUUUUUGCAUCCGCUUGGUUAAGAAGAGCCAGGAGAUCUUUGCUUUUCAAAGAGAAGAUCCAGAGACGGGACAUAAGGGUCAGAUGACGUGGGCCAGACUUCCGCAGGGAUUUUGCAAUUCACCAACGAUUUUUGGGCAAGCUUUGGCUCAGGACUUGUUGCCUUUAGUCAAAAAUGACAAAGGAUGGACUAUUUUGCAGUAUGUGGAUGACAUACUUUUGGGAACAGAUACUAGAGAACAGUGUCUAGAAGGAACUCAGGCUCUGUUACAGUUCUUGGCAGAGAAAGGUUACAGGGUUUCUAAGAAGAAGGCUCAAUUGGUACAGCGAGAGGUUAAGUAUUUAGGUUUUCGGCUGGCUCAAGGUUUCCGGAGGUUGGAGGUGGAACGUAAAGAGGCCAUCUGUUCCAUCCCCACCCCCCAGACGAGGAAACAGAUUAGGGAAUUUUUGGGGGCGGCGGGGUUUUGUCGCAUAUGGGUUCCAAAUUUUGGACUAUAUGCUAAACCCCUCCACGAGGCUACAAAAGGGAAAUCAGGAGACCCAUUGGUGUGGGGUCCAGAGCAGCAACUUGCAUUUGAAGACCUCAAGAAAGCUUUGAUGUCGGCCCCCGCUUUGGGGCUACCUGAUUUGGAGAAGAUCUUUUACUUAUAUGUAGGAGAAAGAAAGGGAGUGGCAGUUGGAGUGUUGACUCAACUUGUAGGGAGCUGGCCUCGACCAGUGGCUUAUUUGUCGAAGCAACUGGACAAUGUGGCUUGUGGAUGGCCCCCAUGCUUAAGGGCUGUGGCAGCUGCUGCAGUCCUUGUGGAAGAAGCAAAUAAAUUGACUUUGGGACAGCCCAUCAUUUUGAAGUGUCCCCAUGCUGUAGUAACUUUGAUGGAACAUAGGGGGCACCAUUGGCUCACAAACAGCCGAAUGUUAAAAUAUGAAAGCAUGUUGGUGGACAAUCCUCAGGUCACCUUGUCUGUGUGUGCAACCUUAAACCCAGCUACCCUUCUACCGGUGGAAGAAGGAACCUUGAUGCAGCACGAUUGUUUGGAAGUGAUGGAUGAGGUCUACUCAAGUAGGCCGGAUCUCAAAGAUGUACCUUUUCAAACCCCUGAGUGGGUGCUUUUCACAGAUGGUAGCAGUGUGGUGAUUGCAGGACAACGAAAAGCAGGGUAUGCUGUGGUGACAGGGGAUGGGAAGACCUUGGAGGCAAAGGGGUUGCCCCCAGGGACCUCCGCCCAGAAGGCUGAGCUUAUUGCUCUCACCAGGGCUUUACAAUUGGCAAAGGGAAAGAAAGUCAAUAUUUACACCGAUUCAAAAUAUGCUUUCACUACCCUGCACGCCCACGGUGCCAUAUACAAAGAAAGGGGUUUGUUAACCUCAGCAGGACAACAGAUUAAGAAUGCUAUUGAAAUUCUACAGCUUUUGGAAGCAGUAUGGGAACCAAAGGAAGUAGCCGUAAUGCAUUGUAAGGGACAUCAGUACGGUGAGGACCAAGUGACUCAAGGGAAUCGGCUGGCUGACCAACAAGCCAGAAGAGCGGCUGAGUGUAAUGCACCGGAGGAGACAGUGUUGCAAUUAGAUGUCACACCAGUGAUAGGGACCAUGACCUACUCUGCAGAGGAAAAGGAGUGGGCUUUGAAUGAGGGAGCGAGGUGGAAGGACGGGAUUCUUUUAUUACCCAAUAGCAAGAGCACAGGCAGCACUCAAGGCUCAGCUAGAGCAAAAUCUGCCUUGAGGGAACCUGAGAUUAUAGAGAGAGCACGGAGGCACCUGCAUAUGUUUCGCAAGGAAGGCAUCCAGUCCUUGGUUGCACAUCUCCAGCAGGUCGUGGAAGCUUGA